GAGUUGAGCUGGCGGGGCAAUGUGCAGCGACUUUCGCAAGGCCGAAUCCGGGACGGAGCUCCUUGCUCGGCUUGAAGGCAGAAGCUCCCUGAAAGAACUAGAACCCAACCUGUUUGCCGAUGAAGAUUCACCGGUGCAUGGUGAUAUUUUUGAAUUUCAUGGUCCAGAAGGAACGGGAAAAACAGAAAUGCUUUAUCAUUUAACAGCCCGAUGUAUACUUCCAAAAUCAGAGGGUGGACUGCAAAUAGAAGUCUUAUUUAUUGACACAGAUUACCACUUUGACAUGCUCCGGCUUGUGACAGUUCUUGAGCACAGACUAUCGCAAAGCUCGGAGGAAACCAUCAAGCUCUGCCUGGGGAGACUCUUCCUGGCGUACUGCAACAGCAGCAUGCAGCUACUGCUCACACUGCACUCACUGGAAACCCUGUUCUGUAGUCACCCCUCUCUUUGCAUUCUCAUUGUGGAUAGCCUGUCGGCGUUUUACUGGACAGACCGCGCCAAUGGAGGAGAGAGUGUGGCCCUGCAGGAAUCUACUCUGAGGAAGUGUUCUCAGCUCCUAGAGAGGCUCGUCACGGAGUACCGCUUGGUACUGUUUGCAACAACGCAAAGUCUAAUGCAGAAAGCCUCGGACUCAGCAGAGUGGCCUGCUUCCUCCAAGCUCCCGGGUGAUGGAGACGCAGACUACAGAGCCUAUCUCUGCAAGGCCUGGCAGAAGGCAGUGAAGCACAGAGUCAUCUUCUCCAGAGAGGACGAGUCUAAGAGCAGCCGCUUCUCGUUAGUUUCACGUCAUUUAAAAAGUAACAGUUUUAAAAAACACAUUUUUAUGAUCAGAGAGAGUGGGGUGGAGUUCUGUUGAUCUCUAUCAUCAGAAAGACUUUUGAGAGCCCCAAGGCAAGUCUUCUAUAGGCU